AGUGUCGUCGAUCCACUUCGAUCAAUAACCAAAAUCGUCGCAGUCCUCGGAACUACUCGCGCGCUUUUCGCGAUAACGAUGAUUUCCAUACUGUAUAGCUCGUGCGAGUGAGGCACUGAGGACGCUGCGUCGCGAAGAAAACGCUCGGAACAUACACGUAUACCCGCCUCUCGCGUAGCACACAGCGCAAAAUGCACACACACACAGAGCGACGUUAUAGGUGCAGAGAGGGAAAAACGGCACGACAGAGCGGCGCCGCUCGACGAGGAAUGUUUAUACGUACACGUAUGCACAUCGCCGCUGCAGCUUAUAUAUUUCCACGAGAAGUGCAGCAGCAGCAGCAGGAGAAGGAGGAGGAGUAGGAGGUGCUGCAGCGCCACUGGCUUUGCACCAGAAGAGGUUAUGAGACGCAGUUCUACGGAGUUUUCGCGCUGCCUCACGUGCAGCGCGCGGCCGGAAAAGCGCGCGUUUUGUGGUGACGAGGCGUUGCGUAAGAGCGGAGGGAAAAGUGUUACCGAAUUUCCUCGCGUCGAGGAUGUAAUUGUGCAGUGCGUGUACGGUAAAGCAUACAAGGGGGGAUGUCGAGCGAAAUCACAAGCGAGCUUGUUUUGCUCGCGAGCGCAUGUGUAAUACACAAGGCGCGUGAGCGGAGCGAUCGACGAUAAAUCGAUGCUCGCGCAGUUUCGAAAGCGCUGCUCGAAUUCAAAUCUCGAGAUCCGAUAAACAACAACAAAGCGGCGAAAGAAAGAAAGAAAGAGAGCGAGAGAGAGAGAGAGAGUCGAGGCGCGCGGAUUCCUCCAGCGCUUCACACUCGCGCUGGACUUUGACCCGCGCGGACUCUGACACGUGCAGCAGUGGCUCAGCGUAUUACAUAUCUCUCUCUCUCUCUCUCUUUCUCUCUCUCUCUCUCUCUCUCUCUCUCUCUCUCUUCGCGGCAGUGAAACUACGCGGAGUCGAGUGUGCGAUUACAGUUUUUGUGUGUGCAAAUAGAGCGUACACAUUAUCAUGACGCUGGAGAGUCGGUGCCGCCGUGACGUCAAGCGCAAGCGAGGAAGAGCUUUAGCGGGAAAAAGACGGCGCGCGUGAUAAGCCCGGAUGGAUGGAGAGCGAUGACGGCAGAUGGUCGGCAAGCUGCUGAUUAUCAUCUUUCAGAAUGCAGUGAAAUCAAAACUUUGCGUGAAUCCCGAUGAAGUUUUUCAACCAGUUCUCGAGCACGUUAUCCACGAUAAAGAAAGCACCGUAAGGUCGUCGCUGGUCGAGUGUCUUCCCCACGUAGCUCUGCUCUACCAGGAGUCGCCUUACCUCUUCGGCGAGAACCUCGUCUGCUGCAUCCUAACGAUCAUCCUCGUCUACCUUCGAGAUGAAGAUAAUCAGGUGCGACAAGAUGCGCAAACGGCUCUUAGGAUGCUCCUCGAGCGUAAACUGCUGGACGACGAUCAGAUCCAGAACAGCGUCUGCGGCGUCAUCAUCCAGCUUUCCCGCCACAGCGGCCCGGAAUUCCAGACCUUGGCGCUCACCCUCAUGACAAAAGUCAGCCCUCACAUAGGAGAUGAACUCACGGAAAAAUUAUUUCUCGACCGAUUUAUCGAGCUGUGUACGAGUGAGAGCUUCUUCGUCAGAAGAGUGUGUGCCUCCAUUAUGGGCGAGUUCUGUACAAUAAUGUCCGAUGAAACUGUUCACAACAAAUUACUGCCGAUAUACGCAAAUUUGUGCCAAGACUCGGUCUGGGGCGUACGCAAGACGUCAGUAGACGUGAUGAUGUCAGUGGCGCGCUGCGUGCCCCUGUUACUGCGUCGUCGCCUGCUAUCCAAAUUAUUGGUUAAUUUUUUGAAUGAUGAGUCGCGCUGGGUGCGACGCUCUGCCUAUGAAAUACUCGGGCCAUUUAUAUCCACAUUUGCCAAGCAGUUUCACGAACUCGUUUACGAUCCGUAUAAGGGAGAGCUCCUGGUUGUGCACCAGUACGAGGGUGGCUGGCAAAGAUGGAACGUAGUUCCUGUCACCAAAACCAGUGACAUACUUGCUGAGAACCUUUCUAAUAUGGAUAACAAUUCAUGUAAAGCAAAUAGCAUGACAGUAGCUGAACGUUUUUCGGGGAAAGGUAUCAGAAGGCUCAAAUUGGCCUUCAAUAAUAAUCGUUCGUCCGGGAACCCUCAUACUGAUACUGAAUCUGCAAAGUUCAAUACGUUUCAGUAUUACUACGAUCCUCCAAAUAUGCCAUUGGAUCCAGCCCUCGUCAAUUCCAUCAUCGAUGAUAAUGUAGCGACGACGAUGGCCGGCGUUGAUGCCAAAGUUUACUGCGAUGAAAACGAUGGUAAUGACAAUGCGAAUGAUGAGAAAACUGAUAGAAAAAAAGACACAAAUGAGAAUAUAGAUAAUAGUGAGGAGCUACAAUUACAGCAAGACAGCAAUGAUGAUAUAGAUGUUAAAGAGCAGCAGCAACAAGAACGUAUUAACAGAAUUCGUGAACAGGAAAAUAAGCAAAAUGAGGAUGGGGGUAACAAUGAAGAAGAGGUAGACGAUGAAGAGGAUGAGAAAGAUGACGAUGGUCACAAUAAUAAGACUUCGGAACAAUACACAAGAAGGAGAAUACUGGAAAGAGUCUAUCCUGGUGAUCUAAGUCGUUUUCGUCGUAGCCAAGUAUCCUUGAACUCUUCCCUUUCGAAUUUAAACAACACCGAAGACGAUGAUGCAGAUGAAAUUGUUCCUCGAAUUCUCGUUGACCAUUUUGUCUCGAUGGCUGAACAACAAAAUCCUUCAAAUGAUGUUGGUCCAGAUUUGGACUAUCAUUGCGCCUUCAGUUUUCCCGCCGUUGUACUAACCUUGGGAAAAGAGAACUGGCAUCGACUGAAGGACGCAUACAAAAAAUUGGCAAGCGCAGUGCCAUGGAAAGUACGCAGUACAUUAGCAUCCAGUAUCCACGAGAUAGCCAUUAUUAUUGAAAAAGAGUACGCGGCCCGAGAUCUUGUACCAAUUUACAAUGGUUUUAUCAAAGAUCUAGACGAGGUCAGGAUUGGAGCAAUCAGGCAUUUCUUCACGUUUUUACAACAUCUUAGCCCGCAAGACCGUAUGCAGUAUCUGCUUAAGCUCAACGACUUUUUAAUUACCGACAAUAAGUGGAAUUGGAGACUUCGUGAGGAAUUGGUAAAGCAGUUGUGGGAAAUCAUACAUCUUUAUCAGCGCAUCGACGUAUCGGAGUACAUUGCGCCUCUUCUACUGCACCUCUUGCAAGACAGAGUGGCAGCUGUUAGGCAAGAAGCCCUUUAUGCUGUGGAUAAAACAAUAGCAUAUUUGGCCUGCCACAGAGAUGAUCCAUUAGCAAUAGCCAUGAUUCAAGAAAUGAGGGAUCUAUUGAUGAUGCAUGCGGAGAAACGAUGGGUCAUAAGGCAGACCUACGCCCUUUUGUGUUCAAAGCUCGCGAGCAAUAUGGUUGUUAGCGGUGAAGUCUUUGCCAAAGAGCUGCUGCCCUAUUUGCUCGAACUUUAUAACGACAAAGUUCCCAACGUCAGGCUAGUUGUUGCUAGAACACUUGCUAGAGAUGUUGUUAGGAUAACCGAUUUCCCUAAUGCAGAACUGAUGAAAGAAGUGCAACAGAAGUUGAAAAUAAUGCAGUCAGAUUGUGACAGAGAUGUGCGUAUAUUCGCGAGCGAAGCAGAACCCGACCAAUUUUAUUAAAAAAGGCGUAUGUUAGUGUACAAGAGAAUGGGCAAUGUUUGACCCAAUCAGUAUCAUCAAUUUCUUUGAAAUGAGGAAAGCAGCAUGUUUUUUUUACUUUCGCAUAUGUUGAAUAAUCAAGAUAAUUAAAUCAACCAUGAAACAUCAACUGCGAGCAUAAAAAUGCCAACACGAAUAUUAACGACAUAUGCGUGUGAGUGCAUUAGCAACGAAUUUUUCUUUCUUUGUAUUUUUUUUUAUUUUUAAAUCCUUUACAAAGUGAGAAAUUUGCCUUGAAUACUACACUCGGACCUAGUGAUACGGUAUUUCGACAUUUUAAUUAUUUUACUGCCGACAAAAAGAAGAACAUGGGAAUGUGAGAAUUUGCUAGCGAUAAGCUUUUUUUAAAUCAGGAAUGCAGUAUAAAAAGUUGAAAAAAAACACAUCAAAGGUCGAGAAAUUGUGCGAGUGUUGAAUGUCUGUGACUGAAUAAGUUUAUGAUAGCAGAACGGUAUGAACGAUCGCUAACGGUUUUUUUAUUAAAUAAUAAAUCUCAUUGUACAUUUUUCUACAUAUAAAAGUACGCUUGGCGAUUUUAAUGAUAUUUGUAAGUCGCCUUAUUGCUAAAUAAAUUUUUGUAAACUUCGUAGUCAUUUGAUACCGUCAAAAUGAGGCAACCGCUUUGUAAAAGCGAAACAAGAUACAUUUUAAGCUAUGAUUCAUUCUUAAUACAUAGAGAAAACAAAAUCGAAUCAAUUAAUUGAAUCCCUCCAUCGAUUCAUUGGACUUUGUAAUUUAACAAACAAAUGUCUUCUUCAUUGACAUCGGAUAGGUUGCUUAUUUGAAAAUUGCCCCCCUCGGAGAUUAAACAGCUCAAUUCUAUUAAGUAAUUUUGCUCUUGUUAUUCUAUUUUGCUCUGAUCAACACCCGAGCAAAAUACAGAAUUUAAAAAAAGUUUUUUUCAAACUCGUCUUACUAAGCAAGAGAUUAUAUUUUUUGACGUAUGUAUAAUGCUCCCGUCUUUCUGAAAAUUACUGUAUUACAAAUAAUUUAAAUUUCUUUAUAACUGUAAUAGAACAAAUUUAAGGUAGCGAACAAAAUAGCUACGAACACCGCCCAAAAUACAUAAUAGUAUAUUUUUGAGUGCAACGUUUGCCGAUCAUUUUCCUUUUGUAAAGAUUUAACUGAACGAAACUGCAGUCUAGUGCUUGUAAUGAACGUUAAUUUUUCACUUUUUUAAAGCCUAAUUAGCUGUAUAAAUAUUGUACAGUGCGAGAGUAUGUUAGUUGAACUAAAUGAAAGUCGUCAGCUCGAACGCGAGAAUUUUUCAGCUGCAAAAAUUUUGUAUUAGUCAAACUCGUGUUCAUUGUAAAGUUCUCGUCAGCGUGUUUUCGAUUGGGCGUUUUUGAAUUUGUGAAAAUAGUGCACGCAGUUUCUCUAGUUUUUAUUUUUAUAAUACAUUGUUGUGCAAACUCAAAAUUUUUUUACAAAUUAGUUUAAAAUUGCACGAUUGCAAUCAUUUGUAAAACAGCUGUAAAGUACUAAUUUUUAAUUAAAGGCGAUCGAUAGACUUAAUUUAUUUAAAAUGUUGACCUACGCAACUUUUAUUAUAAAUAAUGAAUUUAUCAUUAGAACUCUGAUUUUGAUAAAAUUAAAGCAAUAUUUUAAACAAUUACGUAUUUAAUUUUGUACAGCUGAAGAAAAAUAAUUGAAAUCCAAUAUUUUUAAUUUGAAUUGAAUCUUUUAUAUUCAAAAUUUUCUAAUAACGACAUUGUGCGCUCGUUAAAUGUGAAUAAUCGCGAGAGGGCUGAGAUAAAUGGUAUGGAUCGAUUGUGUAUAUUAUGUACUUGCUAACGAGAUAAGAAAAAAAAAAUAAAACUUCAUGCGACUUGUUA